UAUGAGAUUGAAUAACGCAGAAAACUGAAAUGGAGAACUAGAUAAGGAGUUCCAUCCUCUAAGAGCACCAAACUCUUUCACUCCAAUGACUUGAAUUUUGCUCAGCAACUAUUCAACACCAAUCAAUUUCACCAUUUUCUCUCUCCUCUUUUAUUCUUCAUCAUCAUCAAUGGCGUCCAAGGUUCUUCCACAGGCACUUUUUGUAAUUCCUUCGAAUCACUCACUUCAAUGUCCUCCAUUGAAGAAGCAGCUAGGGUUUCCAAUUGAGUCUAACCGUCGAUUUUCUCUCUCCUACUCCAGAGGUAAUCUUACGGUUUCUAGGGCUUUGUCUAACCUCUUUAGCUCCAAUUUCAGCUCUAUGUUCAGUUCUCCGGCGAGAAAUUCGUUCGUUGUGAGGUCGGAAGCUGAGGGUAGUUCCGACGCUUCGGCUGAGAGUGAAGCCGCCGUUGCCGAGGAGGAAUUGCCGGAAGUUGAAGUCGAAGCCGAAACCGAAGCUGAAGCCGAAGCGAGGCCGCCAUGGAAGCCUAGGGUCAAAAUGGGAGAUAUAAUGGGGAUAUUGAACAAGAGAGCGGUUGAGGCUUCAGAUGAGCUGCGUCCUGUGCCAGACAUCAGGACUGGAGACAUUGUGCAAAUCAAAUUGGAAGUUCCAGAAAACAAGCGUAGGCUAUCCGUGUACAAAGGUAUUGUGAUAUCUAGGCAGAAUGCAGGUAUUCAUACCACCAUCCGGACUCGAAGGAUUGUUGCUGGUAUUGGUGUCGAGAUUGUGUUUCCUCUGUACUCACCAAACAUCAAGGAGAUAAAAGUCGUUGCUCACCGGAAAGUCAGGAAGGCGAGGCUGUACUAUCUACGAGACAAACUUCCCAGGCUCUCCACUUUCAAGUGAAAACAUAAAAUUUGCUGAAGCAAUUUCAUCUUGGAAGCCCUUCAUGUUUUUGUCAUCGUUUAUGGUUUACAUAUUGUAAGAAUUUUGUUUUAAAAGAUCUAAUAUCUUUUAGGGAAACUGUGUAAUUGUAAUAUUGGUGCUGGAAACCUGAUUUCCUUUGUAGUAGAGUAGAUCGAAAUAUGCAAUGUAUAAUAUCUUCGAGAAUACUUAUCAGAGUAAUGCCAAUUGUUUGUUAAUGUUUGUUGAUACAAUC